GUCACCGUCGCUGGGAGCCAUAUUGUUAUUGCUUGCAAAUUGUCGAGCGGCAGGAAAGAAGAGUGAAUCAGUGGAGCGGGCUGGCUAGUAGUAGCUAGCUACUUUUACAUUGGAAUAAAAUAAUUUCAGUUUAUCUCCAAGUACCUGGCAGAAGUUAAGAACUGGAAAAAAAAGAUGGUUGAUCGCCUGGCAAACAGUGAAGCAAAUUCAAAACGGAUAAAUGUUGUGGAGGGGUGCUUUGGAGCAGCUGGUCAACCCUUGGCUAUUUCUGGUAGAGUCCUCAUCGGGGAAGGAGUGCUAACAAAGCUCUGCAGAAAGAAACCAAAAGCCAGGCAGUUUUUCCUCUUCAACGACAUCCUUGUAUAUGGUAACAUUGUAAUUCAAAAAAAGAAGUACAACAAACAGCACAUAAUUCCUCUGGAAAAUGUCACAAUUGAUUCUAUUGAGGACGAAGGGGACCUGCGGAACGGAUGGCUUAUAAAAACUCCUACCAAAUCUUUUGCUGUUUAUGCAGCUACCGCCACAGAGAAGUCUGAGUGGAUGAACCACAUCAGCAAGUGUGUAUCCGACUUGCUAGAAAAAAGCGGAAAGGCACCAAACAGUGAACAUGCUGCAGUGUGGGUACCUGAUUCAGAGGCCACCGUGUGUAUGCGUUGUCAGAAAAUCAAAUUUACACCAGUUAGCCGCAGGCAUCACUGCCGCAAGUGUGGGUUUGUGGUGUGUGGGCCCUGCUCGGAGAAAAAGUUUCUGCUUCCCAGUCAGUCUUCCAAGCCAGUGCGGGUCUGUGAAUUUUGCUACGAGCAGCUCUCCAGUGGGCAGCUGAGUGCCACCUUGCCCCCCAGAUCAGACUCUUACAAAUUUCCCAUGAAUAACGUAUCAGAUGACGACGAUGAUGACGACAGCAGUGACUGAAGACAGCAAGUUUAUUCUAAUAUUUAGAAUAUUUAACAUAGAAUCUUCAGCUGGGCUUGAACUUUUUUUUUUUUUUUUUUUUUUAACGGUGCUUUAAAAAAAUCUGAAGUCUUGUAUUUUUUAAUGAUGGUUUAUUAAAUUAUGAAAAUUCAAAUGCUUCCAAAACAUGUUCAGAGCUAAAUUCCUGAGAUUCCUAGAUCCCUCUGUUAUGGGCAAUUUUAUAAAACAUAUGUCCUAUAUUAACCCUUUCAUGUAUGACAGAAUGAAAAUAACUGAAAAAAAGCAGUUUUGGACACGCAAUAAAUAUAUUUCAUUUAAAUGUUUUUCAAAAUUCCACAGUUUCUGGGUAACAGUUGUUUUUUGGUGCUUAAUAUCUAAGUCUCAUUAAGGAGUCACUACAGGAGUGUAAUAUACAACUUGCCCAAAUAAUCCAAAGUGCUAAUUUCAAAUUCUAGUCUGUAAUGGGCUGCUUCUCUGGAAUACCAUGUCUCAAUUCAACAGUUUUUUCUAGCUCUAAAUGUUCACCCAUGAACCUUAAAGCAAGCAUGUGCCUGAGUGCUGACAGCUCUUAACUUUUUUGCAGGGAUAUGAACUUUAGUGACUUUUUGUCUGUUUUGUAGCUGUAAAUAUUUCUAAUUUAAAUCUCUCUGGUAAAUUAAUGGUAAAUUUGAUAGUUCUGUGUUAUUUGCAUAUUAAAAAAGGUGUGCGUAUUUAAUAAAAAGAACAUAAGAAAAUAAAACCCCAUGUAACAUUUAACAUUAAGACAAAUAUGCAGAAAAAGACUUGAUCAGGAUUGUUUGAACACACCAGUUAAACCUUUUUCUAUUAUUGCUUACGACAAAUCAAAUGGAGGUUUAAUUACUUGACAAAUAUGUGUUCUUUCAUAUGUAAAGCUAUAUUUAUCUUAAUACAGAUUCUAAUUUUAAACUGUUAAAUUGGGAAUAAAUAGUUUUAUACAAGGCCUUAUAUGCCACACAGUGCCUUCAUGAGAUCACUUAUAGCUUUCAUACUAGUUUGUGUUUUUCACACAAACAGUACUCCUAAUUGCUGUUGCUUGUGGGUGAGGAAUGGUAGUAAGAUAUUCACAGGAGCCAUGCACAAUGGUGUCCAAUAGUAUAUUACAUUAUUAGUUUAGGUCCAUGUAUAUGAGAUAACUGACUGGAACAUGCAGAUCACCAAUAUUUAAAGGAACUAGUAACAAAAAAGUGGAAGCAAACUUACUUUUGAAGAAAGAAAAAAAGAAUUUAAGGUGUAUGCCCCACCAUGGGUAGAAUAGUAAAAUUGCUUGGAAAUUAAACAAUACUGUAGUUGGCAAGAGAGAAACUAUUAGGAGUCCAACAACCAAAGCAGUUGCUAUAGUACCAUUUUGAAUCAUGCCCAUCCCUGUUCCCUGCCCCCCCAUACACACACCUUCACAUUAAUGGUGACACUGGAGAUGUUAUUUCCUGGAUUUGCCAAAUUUUCAAUCUGUCCACCUCAGAAAUAAAAUGCUAAGAAACUGGUUUCUACUGUACUUAAAGUAAAGAACGGUCUCAGGCUGUGCAUUAUUACCUGUAGGGCUACAGGAUGUCAAAAUUGCAGUAACCUUUAAAACUGGGCUCAAUGAGAACUAGAAGGAAUAUAUUAGGGUGUACUGUAUAGUAAUGCUAUUUGCAAAGCUAUUUUUCUUUUCUGCUGGCAAAAGGUUUAAAAUGUCAUGAUGUAGGAAAUAUUUCUACAGCCGAUCCCUUUAGUAUUGAUGUUUGUCUUCUGUACUAAUCCUGAGAACACUGCAUAUUCUUUUUUCUUCUGUUUAGUCGAUCAAGUCAAGGGUGUAAUCUCUUGGUUAACUCUCUGGGAUAUUUAUUAAAUACUUGGCCUGCUUGCAAGCAUGGAUUGAGUCCAGAACCGGUUGUUUAAUGAACAGUGGUUUUGCGCUACUGUCGUACAGGAUUUUUUUUCCUCUUGUUUUGAGCAAUGCAAAAUCCAGUCGGGGAGCUUCUUUUGUUUGUUAUUUCAAACAUCUAUUAAGAAAGACCAAUUACUUGUUCAGAUUUCAGUUGUCUGCAUAGAAUAUAAUUUGAGUAUAUAGAACCCUGCUCAUUUAUUAGUUUAAUGAAGCCUGUAUAAUCUAAAUCAGUAAAAAAAAAAAAAAAAAAAAAA